AAAACAACACAGACCAAAGGAUGGAAAGUAAGAUGACGCUGGGUAGCACUUGCAGACGUAAUCACAACAUGCUCCUUACCUUAUCUCUCACGCGCAUGAAAUGAUAAAAACAAAGAAAGAGAUCUAUCCGUCCCUCUCGUACCAUUCAUUCUUUCAUUCAUUCAUUAUAGUUGAGAGACUCUCUCUGCAUGCAUUUUUCUUUCUCUCUUAAUCUCCACUAUUUGUCAGUAUUUAAGCUUUUUAUAAUAAUAAAAGUGAUCAGUGUCCAAUCUCUCUUAUCGUCUUCAAAAGUUUAUAAUUAUUUCAUUCUCCGUUUUCUCUGUUAAAUCUCAUAGACAAAAUCUUCUUUUGCAUCUCUCUCCCUCUCUGCAAUGAAGAAAAUUGUGUUAAAGUUGGAUCUGCAUGAUGAUAAGGCAAAGCACAAGGCCCUUAAAACAAUUUCUACUCUCCCUGGAAUCGAUUCGAUUGCAAUGGAUAUGAAGGAGAAGAAACUAACUGUGAUCGGAACGGUGGACCCGAUAAAUGUAGUAAGUAAGCUAAGAAAGUAUUGGCCGAUGACAGAUAUCAUACUAGUUGGACCUGCCAAAGAGCCCGAAAAAGAGAAGAAAGAGGAGCCGAAAAAGGAAGGUGGUGGCGAGCCGCCAAAGAAAGAAGGAGAAGCUCCAAAGGAAGAAGGGAAAAAGGAAGGAGAAGCGCCCAAGAAGGAAGAGGAGAAGAAAGAAGGCGGCGAUAAGAAGGAAGGAGAGAAGAAAGAUCAGCCACAACCACAGCCACCAGCACCGGAUCAUGUGCUAGAGCUUGUAAAGGCGUAUAAAGCAUACAAUCCUCAUCUAACAACGUAUUACUACGCCCCAAGCAUGGAAGAGAACCCUAACGCUUGCGUUAUAUGUUGAAGAAAAAAAUGUAUAAUAUAAUAGAAUUGGUAAAAUGUGAGUUAGCGAUGAACAGAUCUAUAAUGAGGAAGAACAAUAAGAACCAGAGCAUAUAUAUCUUAGUCGUCUAAGAUAGUAUCAUUGGAUUAGAUCGGAUAUGUUUCUUGUUCCUCGAUAAUGCGGGGACAAGUUCUUUUGUUUAAAACGAUUUCGAUGAUAUGUUUUGUGUAUAUAUCGUCGAUGGUACUAGAAUUUCUAUUUGUUUGUUUGAAAGUUGAAGGGAACUCUUGUACAUAGGAUAUGGUAUAAUAGAUUUAUUUUCUCAUAACUGUUUUGAAGUGC